AUGUCACCCCAACCAGUCGCCCUCGUCCUCGGAUCCGGCCCCCGAGUCGGCGCAUCCGUUGCAGCAGCCUUCCGCAGUAAAGGCUACAGCGUCGCAACCGCAUCUCGGUCCGGAACAGGAGCCAAGACAUCCGAGGGGUAUCUCUCCCUCGCCGCCGACUUUGACAAUCCCUCCUCAAUCCCGGCGCUGUUUGAUUCCGUAAAGAACGUUUUCGGCGCGGCGCCUAGCGUUGUUAUUUAUAAUGCGGCGGGCCUGACCCCUCCUCCAGACAAUGACUCUGUCCUGUCAAUCCCAAGAGAAAGAUUCGUGAACGACCUGAACGUGAACACGGUUAGCCCGUAUGUUGCCGCCCCAAAGGCUGUAGAGGGGUGGGCCACCCUGCCGGGAGACUUGAAAAAGACAUUCAUUUACACAGGCAACCCGCUAAACGUCCAAGUUGCGCCCUUGCCGCUGUUCUUGAACUUGGGAGUCGGGAAGCGCGCGAGCACGUACUGGAUCGCGGUUGCAGAUGAAACAUACGCGACCAAGGGAUAUAGAUUCCACUAUGCGGAUGAGCGCGCUGAAGGGGGAAAGGGCAAGGGAAACAACCUUGAUGGACCCGCUCAUGGGGAGUUCUAUACACAGCUGGCCAGUCAUGAAAAAGACAUCCCGUGGCACGCGACUUUUGUCGCUGGCGAAGGCUACGGCAAAUUCGAUUGA